GCUCAGCUCGGGCUCCAGGAGAGGGGAACUGUUCUCGGGACAACGGCUCAGUGCGCGCCCAGCGGCCGGGUCGGGGCAGCGAUGGGGGCUCUGCAGCUGCCCCAGGAGGGGGACCGGCUGCUCUACUGGGGGGCUGGAGCCGUCACUCUGCUCUUCACGCUGCUGGCAGCCUUCACGUUCCGCCUGCUGCCGGGUUACCUGGGGAAGUGGAAGGCGCUGAAGCCGAUUCCGGGGCUCAGCCCCUGUUACCCGCUGCUGGGAAAUGCUCUGCUCUUCGAGCGCAAAGGGGAAGAUUUCUUUAAACAAAUAGUAGACAAAUUUGAAGAAUACAGGAAUCUACCACUGCUAAAACUUUGGAUAGGACCAUUGCCUUUUGUGAUUUUAUAUCAUCCAGAUGCUGUAGAGGUUGUUCUGAACAGUUCAAAGCACAUAGAAAAAUCUUUUCUGUACAAAUUUCUACAUCCAUGGCUUGGCACAGGACUUCUGACAAGCACUGGAGAUAAGUGGCGUUCCAGAAGGAAAAUGAUAACUCCCACGUUCCACUUCACAAUCUUAGCUGAUUUUCUAGAAGUUAUGAACGAACAAGCCAAUAUUUUGAUUGAUAAACUUGAAAAGCACGUUGACAAAGAGCCCUUUGAUUGCUUUCUAGACAUCACUCUCUGUGCCCUGGAUAUAAUCUGUGAAACUGCAAUGGGCAAGAAUGUUGGUGCGCAGAACAACAGGGAUUCUGAAUAUGUCCGUGCUGUUUAUAAGAUGAGUGACCUCAUUCAUCAUAGACAGAAGUCUCCUUGGCUUUGGUCUAACUUGAUGUACCCUAUGUUCAAAGAAGGAAGGGAACAUACUAGAAGCCUCAAGAUCCUUCACAGUUUUACUGACAGUGUUAUUGAAGAAAAAGCCCGUGAAAUAAAGAACCACACACAACAGAAAGAUGACUUUGAUGACAACUGUGAACAAAGUGGGCCCAAAAGGAGAAGGGCUUUUCUUGAUAUGCUUCUCAAUGCAAUUGAUGAUGAAGGGAACAAACUGAGCUACAUGGAUAUUCGAGAAGAAGUGGAUACUUUCAUGUUUGAGGGGCAUGAUACAACAGCUGCUGCUAUGAACUGGGUCAUCUACUUACUUGGAUGCCAUCCUGAAGCCCAGAAGAAAGUUCACAGAGAAUUGGAUGAAGUGUUUGGUAACUCUGACCGGCCAGUCACAAUGGAUGACUUGAAGAAGUUCCGAUAUCUUGAGUGUGUUGUUAAAGAAGCCCUUCGUCUCUUCCCUUCUGUUCCAUUUUUUGCCCGCACCACAAGUGAAGAUUGCCAUAUUAGCGGAUUUAAGAUACCAAAGGCAACAGAGGUAAUCGUGGUUCCUUAUGUGCUGCACAGACAACCGGAGAUUUUCCCAGACCCAGAAGAAUUCAGGCCUGAGCGAUUCUUCCCUGAGAAUUCUAAGGGAAGGCACCCAUAUGCAUAUGUGCCCUUCUCUGCUGGACCCAGAAACUGUAUUGGCCAGCGCUUUGCACAGAUGGAAGAGAGAGCUGUUCUAGCCAUCAUCCUACGGCGCUUUUGGGUGGAAACAAGUCAAGAGCGAGAAGGGCUUAGCCUCGUGGGAGAACUAAUACUUCGCCCAAAUAAGGGCAUCUGGAUCCAACUGAAGAGGAGAAGAGUGUGUGUGUUAUAAGAAGAAAGCUCCUAAAACAUGUUCCAUUAUAAGAUCAGCUAGCAGUUGAUUCUCGCUGAGAUUUAUGUAAAUCUCUGCAUUUUAAAUUAUUGUAACCAUUUAUAAAGGAACUCAGUAUCAAAUUAUUAGAAGGGGUUUUUCUUGUUGUUCAGUUUGUAUUUCUGGCACUUUGUUCACACAGCACGAUUUUCACGUUACAAUGAAAACGGAGGUAGUGUCGAGCGUAACCUCCCUCCCUUAAUAGAGCAGGUACUGGAGGACAAGGUGGGGGUUCUAUAUCUGCCUCGUCUGUGCACAAAAUAAGAAGUUUGGUUGCCAGCACAAAUAAUUCUAACAAUUUAGCAUGCAGGGCCAGAAUCAGUUGAGAUACCCAGGUCCUAUGGAAAAACAAGUAUGUUGAUCAUGUAAUUAAAGACUAUAUCAUACUUAGAGCUGCAUGAAUAAUGGAUUUGUAAGUUUGCUGGCAAGUAAAAAAAAAAAUAAAAACCAUUUUGUUUUAGAUCGAA